AUGAGCGCCGAGACCCAAGAAGAGAUGAAAUGGGAUGCGGCCACCAACCCAGAGUCUACUCACCACAAGUCGUUGGCAGAUGAUGGACGGCGCAGAAGAGCAUCAAGUGCAGCUCGUGUCAAUGAGUUGAGAGCUAUCAUUGCUCGAACUGGAAUGCCAACUCCAGCUAAUAACCUUGCUUUGCCAAAGCAGAGUUCCUCUUUGGUUCAUGGGAAGAACCAGCAAUCUGUGCUUGAGCGUUUGAAAGGUGGUGCUAGCAACCAGGACACAGUCCAAAGGCAAGUGGACACUUUGAAGGCAACUGAUGCUGUGAGUCUGAUUGCCAGCUCCUGGAUAUCUACAAGGAAGAGUGGUGGUAGCAGACAUUCGGGCUCGCAGAAGCAGAGUCAGGGUGGGACCCCAGAGCCAGUCCGAGUCUCCCAGCGAAGGCAUACGAGUACUGGCCUGGGUUUAUCUGAAAGAACUGUUUUGGAGCAAAUGAAGAAUUCAGGCCUGGUGGGUAUUGCUGGACUGGGUGAAGGAGGCAAACAGUUGAAGGUGGUGCCCCAUGCAGGUUGA